ACGACUAAGGCCUAUAAGGAAGGAUCCAAAAAAAAGAGGAGCCUUAUCGGUGAACAAUAUUAUGCCGAAUUUUCAACCGAAUUUUGGAAGGAUCCUGGAGCACAACAGCAUCCCAAUGCAGUAACACCAUCAACAUCAUCUAACACGCCGAGUAGAAGACAACCAUCAAGAAUUCCUCGAGCGAUUCCUUCUCCUAAUAGAUCGCGUCCAACAACACCCUCUCUAUCAAGACCACCUUCUUCUGGUUCUAGACCCGUGACGCCCUCAUUUUCUCAGAGCGCUGAAACGAUUAAUAUUUAUAUUAAUUAUAAUGAGCCGGAUCAAGAUAUACUAGGUCGAAAACAUGUUAUACCAGAUAAAAAACCUAUCCCGGUACAAAGACACGAUCAUAUUACACAUCAACCUAUUGAUAUAGCAAAUAUCAUAACUAACAUUCUUGGCCCACCUUCCAGCAUCCGACGACCAGAUUUCUUGAAAAUACCUGAACAUCCUCGAGGAUUAGAACUUGACAUCUACUAUCCACAGUAUGGAUUUGCUAUAGAGUCUUCUAUUAUGGCUCAAACAGCAGGUCAAUUACUAGGUCAAACCGUUCCAGUUUGCCAAUGGACCCCGCAAAAUAUACCUAAUACAACUUCAACAUUGUCUGCUCACCCAAAGUUUCCAAACAACGUGAGGGAAUGGAUCGGAUUCUUUCGAGCUGUUAGACUAAAUAAUCUUCCUCCUGGACAAUUCCCCAUACACGCAACUAGUGCAGUACCUCUCAGAAUCGAAGACGAGGCAAAAACUCGUUUACAUACUAACGUAUUAUUUCCUGUCGAAUCGUUAUUUCCACAAGGAUCAUCAUUCAUUGCAACACCUAUCGGAUUCUUGGGUGCUUCUGACUUUGUUUUAUGCGAUAAUAAUUUCACAGUGGCCAAGAUGCCGGUGGAAAUGAAAACGCGCCACAAUCUUGAUUUACGCGGUUAUAAUUUCUGGCAAAUUUAUCGAUAUAACGACCGGCGUGGAAUAAUGAAUCAAAGAUUUGGAGACCCAAGAUUUGAUCAAAAUUUUAAAUUCAAAAAACGUAUCCUAUCGCAGAUAUUUGGUCAAAUGGCCUGUAAUGGCCUCCAUUAUGCCAUUUUAUCAAAUUAUAGCGAUACAUAUUUUCUCAAGCGAGAAGAAGCAAAUCAAACCGCCCUUUAUAUUUCCCGUGUUGUUCAAACCAAUGAUGUUAAUCCGACUUUACGCGAAUGCGUUUACUAUAUCAGCCAACUUGCCAUUAAUGAUAAUGUUGGUAAUAUAUUGGGAAGUGUAGAACUUGACAAUUAUUCAUCUAAUGAUGACUCUGAUGACUCUAGGAAGAGGAAGAGAAAAUCAAAAAGCAGUAGUAUACCAAUUGCGAGUUCAUCCAAGGGAAUUACUACUGUAGAUAAGUACAUAGGUGGCGGAUCAUUUGGAAAAGUUUUUUCUGGAUAUUAUGAUAAUCAAAAUGUAGCAUGGAAGACUUGUGAUGCAUAUAAGGAGCAAGAGCAGAUGAAAACGCUAAAACAUGAAGCUCAUAUAUAUUCUAUUUUGAAAGAAUGUCAAGGUCGUGAUAUUCCACGUUUGUUCUACAACGGUUACAUUUAUGACGGAUAUCUUUUUGCGUUAGCGUUACAAUUAAUUGAGGGCGCCUAUCACGUUGAUCCGGAAAGACUCACUAAAGAGGAAAAAAAGUUAAUCGUCAAUCAGCUAAAGUCAAUACAUAAUUGUGGCGUCUUACACAAUGAUAUCUCAGAGCAAAAUAUUCUAUAUGAACCAAAGAGUCGCCAUUACUUUUUUAUUGAUUUUGGCUUGAGUGAGGUCGACUAUACCGCAUUAUCACACUAG